CGGUGGCAACGGAGGUGCCGCUCACACCUUUAUUCGCACUUCUGGGACAUAUAAUUCAUCCUUAAACAUGGAGCAAGUGAUUCAAAUACUCGAGAAGACAACUUCUCCCGAUAAAAAUGAGCUGGAAACGGCACUGAAGUAUCUGGAACAGGCUGCUCAGUCAAAUUUGCCUGAGUACGUGAAGGUGCUGAGUGAUGUGCUUCAUCAUGGAGGGAACUCAACAGUGGCCCGCAUGGCUGCUGGCAUCCAGCUCAAGAACACUUUGGCAUCCAACGAUGCCAAAGUCAAGCUUCAGUACCAGCAGCGGUGGCUAGCUUUUCCUCCUGACGUCCGGGAUUAUGUAAAGACAAAUGUGUUGGGAGCUUUGGGAACAGAGCAGAACCGUCCAAGCUCUGCAGCCCAAUGCGUAGCCUACAUUGCCCUCACAGAAAUUCCAGUGGGCCAAUGGCCAAACCUCAUAGACGGACUUGUGGCAAAUGUGACCACCCCAGGAGCCACAGACAUGACCAAAGAAUCCACUCUGGAAGCCAUUGGAUAUAUUUGUCAGGAUAUCGAACCAGAAGCUAUUGCUGCCCAGAGCAACAACAUUCUAACAGCCAUUGUCCACGGCAUGAAACGGGAUGAACCCAAUGACCAUGUAAGAUUGGCAGCCACCACAGCACUUCUGAACUCUUUGGAAUUUACAAGACAAAACUUUGAGAGAGAUGCUGAACGACAUUUCAUAAUGCAGGUGGUGUGUGAAGCAACUCAAUCAACCAAUACCCAGAUCAAGGUAGCUGCCCUACAGUGUCUUGUGAAGAUCAUGUCUCUCUAUUAUCAGUAUAUGGAACACUACAUGGGACCUGCGCUUUUUGCGAUCACUUUGGAGGCCAUGAAGAGUGACAUUGAUGAGGUGGCUCUGCAAGGCAUUGAGUUCUGGUCCAACGUGUGUGAUGAGGAGGUGGACUUAGCCAUUGAGGCCUCUGAGGCGGCUGAGCUGGGUCGCCCUCCAGAGAGGACCUCAAGGUUCUACGCCAAGGGGGCACUUCAGUACCUUGUUCCGGUGUUGAUGAUGACACUGAGCAAACAGGAGGAGGCAGAUGAUGAUGAUGAAUGGAACCCAUGCAAGGCAGCAGGGGUGUGCAUCAUGCUGUUGGCCACCUGUACUGAGGAUGACAUUGUGCCCCAUGUUCUGCCAUUCGUCAAGGAGAACAUCAAACACCAAAAUUGGAGGUUGCGUGAUGCUGCCAUCAUGGCUUUUGGUUCCAUUCUGGAAGGGCCUGAUCCUACCAACCUGAAGCCCAUGGUGGAGCAGGCCAUGCCCACCCUCAUUGAGGCCCUGAGUGACAGUUCAGUGGUGGUGCGGGACACCACUGCCUGGACUCUGGGGCGUGUUUGUGAACUUAUCCCAGAUGCAGCCUGCAAUGACACCUACCUCAAGCUACUUCUAGAGGCUCUGGUACAUAGCCUGAAGGGAGAGCCCCGUGUAGCUUCAAAUGUGUGCUGGGCUCUCAGCUCUCUAGCAGAAGCAGCCUAUGAGCAAGCAGACACAGGGGAUGGCGAGGGUGAGCCACCUACCUACUGCCUUUCUGCUUUCUUUGACCCCUUGGUGGACGUGUUGCUUCAAACAACUGACAGAGCUGAUGGCAACCAGUGUAACCUGCGUAAUGCUGCGUAUGAGGCUCUCAUGGAGUUGAUGAAGAAUUCUCCACAUGAUUGCUACCCCACCGUCCAGAAAACCACCAUGAUCAUCCUUGAGCGAUUGCAGCAGGUGCUCCACAUGGAAACACAGGUCCAGUCCCACAGUGACCGUGUUCAGGUCAACGACAUUCAGUCUCUACUCUGUGCCACUCUGCAGUCAGUGCUGCGCAAAGUCACUCCUGAAGAUGCUCCAAAAAUCAGUGACCCCAUCAUGGCUGCCCUGCUCCAGAUGUUCCAAACUUCCCAGGGAAAAUCUGGGGGUGUUCAGGAAGAUGCACUGCUGGCAGUGUCUACUCUUGUGGAAGUACUUGGGCAAAAUUUCCUGAAGUACAUGGAAGCAUUCAAACCAUACUUAUCUCUCGGUCUGAGGAAUGUGGAUGAUUACACAGUAUGUGCAGCAGCUGUUGGUGUCACUGGAGACAUCUGUCGUGGUCUUGGAGACAAGGUGGAGCCUUUUUGUGAUGAGCUCAUGUCCAUGUUGGUGGAGAACUUGGGUAACAACAAUGUUCACAGAAAUGUGAAGCCUGCCAUCUUAUCAGUGUUUGGUGAUAUGGCACUGGCUUUGGGACCCAAGUUUACCAAGUAUUUGGAAGUUGUGUUGCAGAUGCUUCACCAAGCCUCCCAGGCCCAAGUGGACCGCUCCGAUUUUGACAUGCUGGACUAUCUUAAUGAAUUGCGGGAGACCUGCCUGGAAGCCUAUACAGGCAUUGUGCAGGGCCUCAAGGGUGAUGGGCCCACCCCUAAGCAGGAGGUGCAGCUGUUACGCACUCAUGUGCCACACAUGAUCACCUUCAUCACCUCAGUGGCUGCUGAUGAAGAUAAAUCUGACCCUGUAGUGGCAAGCUCUGCUGGACUCAUUGGAGACCUGUGCUCAGUUUUUGGGGCUGACAUGCUUCAACUUGUGGAGACAGAUCCCAUCGGCAACCUUCUUACCCAAGGUCGUCGUUCCAAAACCUCAAAGACUAAGACCUUGGCUAUGUGGGCAACCAAAGAGAUCCGGCGCCUGAAAAGCAACAACAGCACUUGCCCUUAACUUGGCUUUUCAGAUGAGUGGCAAGUAUAGUCUGUGGUGAGUCGAUGCGAUGAGUCAGAUGCGGUGUGUCUGCAUGGAGUGAGCGAAGAACGUUGGCCGGCUGUGGUGAGUGGUGACCGUUCAGCGGAUGGGUUGUGUGGUGAGUGGACAAACGUGGACGAUCGCAAGUGCGGCAGGUUGGCCGAAUGUACGAUGACAACCAGGUGGCCUCAGAAGAGUUUAGAAGUCAGUAGAAAAAAAUUAAAAUGAUUAGUAAGAUUCAUAGGUGAUAUUAAGGAAAAGUAUACAGUGCAUCAUUCCAGCUCAGAAGAUCUGCCUCAGUUGAUCUUAGAAAAUUCUAAGCUUUUCCAAAAGUCCUGUUUCAUACCUAUGGUUUUAGAGAGCCAGUCCUUUCAAGUGCCUUUGUGGGAAUGAAUGGUGCUGUAACCUUGAAUCUUGUACCCUACUGGUAACAAUCCAUCUGCUGUACAGACAACUUGGUGGUUCACUGUAUUCUGUGGUAUCUAGUCAUGGGUACAAAGGAUUCUUAACUACUAUCCCUUCCAUUCUGUAAAUGUUAGUCUAAUCUACUCCAUAGACUGGGCAGCUGUGCUGCAUUCUAGUACAGAUAUUUACAAGUUCCAGUUCUCCCAGUAUUCUCAUUGAUUUUUGUCAUUCAAAGGACUGCAGAUUUCCUCAACUGACUUAACCUAUUAAAUUAUCACUGGACUUGUAAAUAUUAAUUUUGGACUUGCAGUUGGUCAUUUUCCCAUUAAGAUACCUCUUCAUUUUUUCCUUAACUUUCUGGUAACAGCACGUGUGUGUUUAGGGCACUAGAAUGGGAUAAGGCUUGAGUAGUUUAUUAAAGUUUGAGGCAAUACAUCUUUCAAAAUUGUUUGCCAACAUAAAUGUGAAAAUAACUGAUCAUAACCCAUCCAUUUUUUCUAGUUUUAUUCUUCAAGGUGGGUUAUUGCUAUUGCUUUAAUGCCUUAUAUAAGCUAACAAUUUUCAUUGGUUUGAACAAUCAUUAUAAAAAAUUUGUAGUCUAAUAUGAGCAAAAUUCUUGUUUGAAACUUAUGAUUGACCUCUAUUAAAACUCAGUACCAUAAUGAAAUUUUAGAGUAUUUAAAAUUCUGUAAUGUCUAAGCCCUAAAUGUGCAAUGUGAUGAGGCAUAAAGUGUGAAAGUUUUUGGAAGAUGCUGCUCUAACCCGCGGUCAUUAGUGCUUGGACUCUUGGAGGACUUGUGUGAAUGUACUGGCUUUGUGGGUUAAGGUUUUCUUCCAUCAACUUAAUCUGGUUUUUGGGUUAGUGCCAAAGUCCCCAACAGAUAACUGGAGAGGUACAAUGGUUCAAUAGGUUUGGCCCCCAUUGGCUGAUGCUGAAGAUCUAAGUCCAUCUUGGAGACAGUGUUAGAGAACAACAGCAUUGGCUUUAAAAAUGAAUAAAAUUGUAUGAGUUGCUGAGGUUCAAGUAGAACAUCUUACCUAUAACACUGCUCGAGAAGGAACAGAUUUUGUGAACUACCAGAUGAGCUGACCACAGGAGGGAGUAUGUGUGUGAUGAGGUCCUGUGACAGGUGAAUGUUUGACUGUGAUACGAGGCCCUGUGUGUGAUGUGGCGUCAUGUAAGUGAGCGUGUGGUGCAAGCUGAUGUUCUGUCCAGUAAUGCUAGUGUCUAGUGGUAAGAGUGGUGGAUGCAUGAAAAUCAUGAAGAAAGUGGUGUGACAUAUGAAGUGUCUGACCUGAAGAUGAAUGUCGGGUUUCCCCCAAGUGUGUUGCGGCAUAAGUGGACGGUGUGGAACAGCCAGCGUGCAUCCAGUGCUUCUUCUUUGCCAUGUUAGCACAUUUUCAGCAUGACAAGCUAGGUGGGGUGUGAAAGCUCACCAUAUUUUCUCGGCUUGUCAUGUUGCCAUCCCUAUACCCCCUCCCCUCCCCCCCUCCCCCAGUGACGUGACUUAGUGACUGAGGGUGUGAGUGCAAACUUGUCGUUCUUGAAGGACGUGUGACUGUGAUACUGUGUUCCUCUAGUGCAAAUGUUAAUGCGCGAGUGUGUACAUUCCACCAGUUGGUGUAGUAUUAGUGUACAGAAAACAACAACACAAGCUUCACAGGUGAACCUGCGACACAUGUUCACAGUUUAGCUUAUUUAGUUCUGUAACCUGUUAUUUCCUCAGUAUAGACAUCUUUUCUCCAUUCAUUUUACAAGGAAUCGCUUCAGUAAGUGGAAAUACCCAGCGUAUAUUUUUUCACUUCCAUGUUACGUUAAUUUCUAAUUUGUGAUUAGUUUUUGGAUACUUUAAGGUGAAUAAGUUUUAAUGGACUCGUGUACCAUAUUUACGAAUGCUACAUUUGAAUAAAUAAGUUUGUGA